CUUCACCAUUCCGCUCCUAUCACCACUCCGCUCCAACUAGCAACUACGUUUUGAUCUCUUGAUUUCUUGUGAGACAGGGUUUCUGGCCCACACGGUCCUUCUUCUGUCUGCGUGCAGGGCUGCUUGAGAGCGGUACUGCGGCACGAUGCGUCGCCAUGAUUCCGGACGGAGCCAUCGACGAACGAAGGGCUUUUUAGAGGCCGGUCUCCACAUUCCGAGCAUGUAUAUAGCGCGCAGCCCUUGAUUUGAAACUAUGAUCUGCCGUUGUGCAUAUUCACCGGGAGCCGAGUAUCCUGUUUGAACGAGAUCAGUGCCUCUCAAAAGUGCAAGCUCAGUGAAAUCAAGACACCAUGUCGCUUCAGCGAGGCAUUGUAAUCGCGGUCCUGGUUGUACUGGCCUACAUCGCCAAGGUCGUGUGGGCAGGGUAUACAUCCCCACUUGCAAAGCUACCAGGGCCUUGGUACUCAAGAUACACCAACCUCAUCCUUCGUUACCAGGUCCUCUCAGGCAGGCGGAUCUUCUACGUGGACAAGCUUCACCAGCAAUAUGGCGGUGUCGUACGGAUUGCACCAAACGAGGCCGCCGUUUCGGACACAGGAGGUGUGACUCAGAUACAUAAGAUUGGUGGCGGGUUUUUGAAGUCAGACUUCUACUCGGUCCUUGUGCCAACUGAUACACCUGGAAUUUUCGCUAUGCGCGACCCACAUGCCCAUGCCGCCCGAAGGAGGCUGUUCGCCCGAGCCUUCAGUAAUAGCAGCUUGAACAGCAACUGGGAUGUAGAAGUUAGACAAAAAGUGGGUUUAGCUGUCCAAAAGAUCCGCCAGGAUGCUUCUGGUUCAUCGCAAGGGGCCGAUAUCUUCAAGUGGUGGACGCUCAUGACGACCGAUGUGAUUGCACAUCUUUGUUUCGGAGAAAGCUUUAACAUGCUUGAACUGGGAAAGCAAACACCCUACAUUGACGCUAUCCAGGCCGCGCUGCUUGGAUCGGUGUUGCGAUCCGAACUACCGAUCGUAUACAAUAUCCUUCGGCUCAUACCCUUGAAGCGAAUACAGACCAUGGUAACCACUGAUGAUGUCGUAUAUGGAUACGGCCGGCGUGCGAUCGAGAAUAUGCGCAACCGCAACGGGAACGCUAUGAAUCUCUUUGGUCAGAUGCUGGCUGCUUGCGAAAAUAACGAGAAGGUUUCACUAACAGACAAGGAUAUUCGGGAGGAAGCGGGAAACCUCAUUGUUGCGGGAUCAGACACCACCGCAGUCACCCUGACCUAUCUCGUCUGGGCAGUUCUAAAACAGCCGGACCUGCAGACUCGCCUCGAGGACGAAAUCGCACACUUAAGCGAUGAACUGACCAAAGAAGAACUUGAGAACGCGCCUCUUUUGAACAGCGUCAUUGAAGAGACGUUGAGGCUCUAUGGUGCUGCGCCUGGAGCGCUACCUCGAACUGUUCCCAAACAAGGCACAACCAUAAAUGGAUAUCACAUUCCCGGCGGUGCUGUAGUCAGUACCCAGGCUUACACAAAUCACCGAGACCCAUCAGCCUUCGCCGACCCACUUCGAUUCGAUGGUCUGCGAUUCCUGAACAAACCUACCCUGUCAGCCCAUCAAAAAGCGUCAUACAUGCCGUUCGGAGGCGGCUCGAGGGUGUGUAUUGGCAUUCAUCUCGCAUACAUAGAGCUUCGCUUAGCAGCAGCUCUCUUCUUCCGACAAUGUCGUGGCGCCAAAAUUUCCGAAUGUAUGAAAGACGAGAUGAUGGAGAUGGACAAUAGGUUUUUGAUCUCUCCUGUAGGACACCACUGCUACAUCACCUUGAAAUGAUCAGCGACAGUGUGUAUAUUCUAUUAUCGGGAUUGAAAAACCGCCUUCAUUUCCUGGUAAUUGUGCGGCGAGCGAAGUCGCACGUAGUCGGAUGAAAGAUAACAAAUCGUCAAUACUAUUACAUGAAACUCAGUCAACAUACACCAGACAGCAAGCAGAAUUACUAGAGACAUUCAAGUUCCUAU